GAGCUUUCCCCAUGAUCUUUAUCUUUCUUGUUGGAUAACGUCCGUGUUCUUCCUCCUGUCAUGAUUCGCGAUAAAUAUCGCCUGAACUGGUUGGUGGGUCGCCUUCUUUUUGUUUCUGGCGAGGUCUCGUUUUGAGGUUCCAUUGGAAUUAUAUCUCGUUGCACGUCAAUCAGGUGCCUGCUAGCUGGACAUAUAUAUCUGCUAUGGAAGGUAUCGUCACUAGAAGGGUCAUUCCCUCAGACAACAGUUGCCUUUUUAAUGCUGUCGGGUAUGUCAUGGACCACGACAAAACCAAGGCUCCUGAGUUAAGAAAGGUCAUUGCUGCUACUGUAGCAAGUUGUCCCGAGAAAUAUUCAGAAGCAUUUCUGGGAAAGCCAAACGAAGAAUAUUGUGCUUGGAUUCAAGAAUCAGAGAAGUGGGGAGGUGCUAUUGAACUUUCAAUACUAGCAGACUACUAUGGACGCGAAAUAGCAGCAUAUGACAUCCAGACAGCACGUUGUGAUCUGUAUGGUCAGGAAAUGAGGUACACUGAGAGGGUCAUGCUGAUUUAUGAUGGGCUUCAUUACGAUGCAUUAGUAAUAUCACCAUUUGAGGGAGCUCCGGAGGACUUCGAUCUGACUAUAUUUGAGGUGCGGAAAGAUAGGACAAUCGGGCCAAUAGAGGGACUUGCCCUUAAUUUUGCCAGGGAGCAGCAGAGGAAAAGGAAGUAUACUGAUACCGCCAACUUCACUCUCCGCUGUGGAGUAUGCCAAAUCGGAGUCAUCGGCCAGAAGGAGGCUGUGGAGCACGCUCAAGCGACAGGGCAUGUCAAUUUUCAGGAAUACCGGUGACAAGUUGCUGAUGAACAUGUAUUGCUUUUGUUUGAGGGAGCUCCUCUUGGACUUGACUUACAGAUCUGUUGUAUGUUUUUUCAUCAUGAUACAAUCAAAGCAACAACUAAAAUCAUCUUGAAAUGUUACUGGAAUUGACUUGUACCAAGGAGAAAAGAAUGAAAUUCAUGAUUCAAUCAUAA